UCCCAAGUCCCAUCUUUUCGACAAUUCCGUGUCGGUCACGAAAUCCUCUCUCACCAUCCUAUACGACCCAGAAGUAUUUCUCUCCUAAUACAACCAAAUCUUCUUCCCUUUGUAUCGUGGAAACCCGUAACAAAAUUGGUCUUACACAAAAUAAUCAGUAUCAAACUGACGUAACAGAACAGCAAUAUAUAAACACCCGCAGAGAAUCUAAUCCUGUGCCGCACGCUUCUUGUUCCAAACUUCGCGAUAGCACUGUAUUUAUACAUGGAUAACGAUCUCUACCAAUUUUCUGCUUAAAUAGAAGUGUACGUACCGGUACACCGCGAAACACAGGAUCAGAACCCCUCCCCUACCCUGUCGCCCGCUGUUACAUAACUGCUCUCAGACGCUCAGUCUCAUAAAAUCAUUCGAGAGACUUUCAUUUUCUUUGGUGGUCAACGAUGAACCGUUUUGUGGCGAGGAGUUUGAUGCGGGGCCUGAUCGACGGCUGUGAGCACAGCCGCCGCGGAAUUUCGACGGUGAGGGAGCACCAGAGUGUUGGUGCGCUUGGUGGCUUUUACUGGACCAGAGCGAUGAGCUCGGUGGCGCCGGGGCCGACGACCACCACGGUGUCGGAGAAGAAGGAGAAAGGAGCGGAAGCGAAGAAGAGCGACGAGACUGCGGUGGUGUCGAGCUAUUGGGGGGUGUCGAGGCCGAGGAUCAAGAGAGAGGAUGGGACCGAGUGGCCUUGGAAUUGUUUCAUGCCAUGGGAGUCAUACAAGGCAGAUCUAUCAAUAGAUUUGCAAAAGCACCAUGUGCCAAAGGUGUUUCUGGAUAAAUUUGCUUACAGGACAGUGAAACUUCUUAGAAUUCCAAUGGAUAUGUUUUUCAAGAGACGGUAUGGGUGUCAUGCAAUGAUGCUGGAGACAGUGGCAGCUGUUCCUGGUAUGGUAGGAGGAAUGCUGCUGCACCUGAGGUCUCUCCGCAAGUUCGAGCAUAGUGGUGGUUGGAUCAAAGCGCUGCUUGAAGAAGCAGAGAAUGAGAGAAUGCACCUGAUGACAAUGAUUGAACUCGUGAAGCCCAAAUGGUAUGAAAGACUGCUGGUUCUCGCUGUGCAGGGAGUCUUCUUCAAUGCUUACUUUAUUGCAUAUCUACUCUCCCCCAAACUGGCCCAUAGAAUUGUUGGUUACCUGGAGGAGGAGGCUGUAUACUCAUAUACAGAGUAUUUGAACGAGAUCACUAGUGGAGCAAUUGAAAAUGUUCAGGCUCCUGCUAUUGCAAUAGACUACUGGAAGCUACCCAAGGAUGCAACACUAGAGGAUGUUGUAACUGUGAUUCGUGCUGAUGAAGCUCACCAUCGGGAUGUUAACCAUUUUGCUGCUGAUAUUCACUUUCAAGGAAAGGAAUUGAGGGAUUCACCAGCCCCUGUCGGUUAUCAUUAAGAUGCAUUAUGUAGGUUCAUAUAAUUUUUCGACAUCAUUUGUGAGUUUAUAUGGUAAGAGAAAUGAUAGAAUUCUUCAACAAUCUUUUAACCAUCUCCAUAGUGAAUGAAUGAAUUCACCAUUGAAUUUGUGAGAAGUAUACAUCACUUCACAAAUCUAAUGGUUAAUCUAUUGAAUUUGUAAGUUGAGAUGGGAAAAAGAUGAGAAAAAUAUUGAUUUGAAUCAUUUCUCAUAUGGUAAAGUCUUCUAUCAAACGAGUUAAAGAGGAUAGAUGGUUCGUGUAUUUUAAAUUCAAGUAUGUUGAAUUUAAUGACAGCUUCUCUA